AUGAGCGACUUGACGAGGAGUCGUACUUACAACAACGCUAUCACAAACGAAAACGCUAAUGAAGGCGCUAGCAGACAAGUCAGGAGAAGCAAGACAAUCGCUGGAGCGUCUCUAGGAGCCCAACGCAGAGAACUAGCAGAGGUCAAGAACUGGCAAUCACAACAAUCGCAGGACGACUUGAAGCUCGAAACUUCCACUCAGGAGGUACGAUCUCAAAAUUGCCAGGAAUCCUCACAAGAUCAACCUAGCAGAAAGAAACAGAAAAUAUACAGAAGUGAUGACGAAAACAGUAAUGAUGAUGAUGACCACGAAAGCCUCGAGUUUAAGCUUGGCGUAAGCGCAACAGAUACUAUCGAAAAUCCUAUUCUGGCCUCGUACGGAACCAGCGCUCGGAAAGACUUGGAUAGCGACGAAAAAGACGACGUCUACAUGGUGGUGGAAUACACAAAUGAUAUCUUUGACUAUCUCUAUCAACGCGAAUGUCAAACCACACCAACUUACAAUUAUCUGACAAUUACAGAUUCUCCUCAGCAUUUACGACCCUCAUUAAGAGCCAUUUUAAUCGACUGGCUCGUGGAAGUACACCAAAAAUUCCAACUGCUACCUGAAACCCUUUACCUCGCUAUUAAUGUAAUGGAUAGAUUUAUGUCCCUAAGGAAAGUAUCGAUGGCUAAAUUACAAUUGCUAGCGGUGAGUAGUUUACUAAUAGCGGCAAAAUUCGAAGAAAUCAAUCUUCCUAAACUAUCCCAAUACGCUUAUAUUACGGAUGGAGCUUGCAGUUGUCAGGAUAUUAAAGACGCAGAAAUGUACGUUUUGACUACUUUGAAGUUCAACAUCGGAUGGCCAAACCCGUUGAACUUCUUGCGCAGAAUUUCCAAAGCCGACGACUACGAUAACAAAACGAGAAGCAUAGCCAAAUUUUUUUUGGAAUAUGCUAUGUGUUGUCCAAGGUUCGUCAAUAUAGUACCGUCACACUGUAGCGCCAUGGCGAUGUAUUGCGCGAGAGCGUCUUUGGAUAAAAACGACAAAUGGGAUGAAACAUUUGAGCAUUACAGUGGAGGAAUUGACGCUGUGAACGAUAAAGAAUUUCAAAAACUCUGUAGAGAAUUGAUCCAAGAGAUUUCCAAACCAACUACCCAGCUUAAAGCUUUAGAAGCAAAGUACAAAAGCAAUUCAGCCAGCAGCGUAUUUGAACCUGCUAGAGUGUGGUGUAAUUUGAUGGUAGCAGGUAGUUUUGAAGGUUUGUUUGAGGAGUAA